AUGUUUCACGACGAUGAUGGAAUGCUGCCAAAUCCUCACGGAGGCCUCUUCGCUCCGAGCUUUGGUGCAAGCUCACGCCGAGGCCGUCGGACAUACGACGAGUACAUGAAAGCCUAUAGCAUGGCUAUGUUACCUGGGAGAGAACGAGCAAACGUGAGCUAUGGCGGGAAAAUCAUGCUGCCGCCAUCUUCACUCGCCAACCUAUCUGAUCUUGACCUAGAGAGCCCCUGGUUUUUUCAGUUAAAAAAUCCGUCCAACCAAGCGGCAACCACACAUGCAGGUGUGCUCGAGUUCAUUGCCGAAGAGGGGUGUGCACAUUUACCUCACUGGAUGAUGAAAACCCUACGAUUGAACGAAGGAGAUCCUAUUCGUAUUACGAAUACAACAUUGCCCAAGGGCCAGUUUGUGAAGAUUCAAGCCCAAGAGAAGGAAUUCAUCGAAGUCUCUGAUCCAAAAGCCGUGCUAGAAAGCUCAUUGCGUAACUUUGCGGCACUGACCCAAGGCGAUAUCUUUGAAAUCCAGUACAAUAUGUUGACUUUCUCUUUUCUUGUCAUGGAGCUCAAACCCGAUCAACCAACCGGCGGCGGACCAGCGGGGAUAAACAUCAUUGACACUGACCUCGAGGUUGAUUUUGCUACUCCAAAGGGAUAUGUCGAGCCGGUCCGCACGCCUGCUGCACCUCCCCCAACUAUGGCAGAGAAACUCAAGAUUGACCUCGGUGGCUCUACCCCUGGCUCAAGCCGCCCUGGGUCUAGCCUUGGCAUAGCCGGUCCUUCUGCCGGUCCUUCAGCAGAUGCCCCAGGCGGCUUUGAUCCAUUCAAAGGCUCAGGUCAGACGCUGGCGGGUCGGAAGACCAAAGGAAAGGGCAAGUCAGUAAGGAAGAUCGAGGAGGUCGAUCCGAGCAGUACCAUCAUUCGUACCGAUAAACUUCGAACGAUGACUACUGAUGAUUUGGAGAACACUGCCCGGGCACCGGCACCCCUGGGUUUGCCGUUUGGUAAACUCUUCUUUGGUUAUGCUGUAGUACCAUACAAAGAACCAGAGGUUACAACUGAAGAGACUACCCCUGAGCCCGAGUCUACAGCGUUUUCGGGUUCGGGGCAGACUCUUGGGGGAGGCCCCCAACCAAGCGCUUCAUCUCGUCCAUCUGGUAAUAAACCUCCAGCGCCAAAGCCCAAGACAAAUUGGGGGAAAGGUACAACUCUAAGCGGCAAGGAGGUUAUUGACGAUGACUGA